GCCGCCACGGCGGUCAGACUUCGACCAGAGUCUAUCGAGGUGUUUUGCGGAGUUCUCUCUCUCUCUCUGGCUUCAGUGCAGGAGUGAAAAGUGUUUUGCCCAGGAUUUGUGGGUGUUUCCAGUGAAAUAGAAGCAGGAGAAAUCUGACUGGCUAAUCAUGUCUCACGUGAGGUCUCUCCUUGUGCUCCUGUCACUCGUCAUCUUCAUCACUGCCAUGAAGAUUGACAUCAAGGAGGAGAUGCCUUACCGCCUGCCGGGUGACAUUGUUCCUGAGAAGUACAGGCUCACGGUUGUGACACACAUGAACGACGACGAAGGAUUUCGCUUCACCGGAAAAGUGUGGAUCAAGAUAAUGCCGAUCAAGCCAGAUGUGCCGGUGAUUAAGCUGCACUCAAAGAAGCUGAAGAUUCGCUUCGGUGAGAUCAAGUUGCUGCAGUGCGAGGACAACAGUCCGAAGAAGACGAAGAUCAAGAUUCUCAAGGCUGAAUUGAUUCCGGAGAAUGACUUCCUGGUGAUCCAUCCGGAGGUGACGCUGGAAAAGGGGCGCGUGUAUGAGCUGUACGUCCCGUACGAGUCGGAGCUGAACAGUGACUUGGUUGGCUACUACAAGAGCAGCUACUUGGACAAGAAGACGAAGGAGAAGCGCUGGCUGUCCAUCACCCAAUUCGAGCCAACCCACGCGAGACAGGCGUUCCCAUGCUUCGAUGAGCCCAACAUGAAGGCACGCUUCGAAAUUAGUCUGGCGCACGACAAGAAGUUCACGGCGCUGAGCAACAUGCCGCUCAAGUGGUCGGAGCCAUUUGAUGGGAAGAGUCACUGGGUGUGGGACCACUUCCAGGAGUCCGUGCCCAUGUCCACGUACCUCGUGGCCUACAGCAUCAACGACUUCCACUACAAGGAGUCCUACGUCAAGAUGGUGGACGACGUGGUGUUCAAGAUCUGGGCACGUCCCGACGCCAUCGACCAGGUGGACUAUGCCAAGUACGUCGGUCCGAAGGUGCUCAAGUUCUACGAGGACUACUUCGACAUCAAAUUCCCCCUGCCCAAGGUGGACAUGAUCGCGAUUCCUGACUUCGGGGCCGGAGCCAUGGAGAACUUCGGCCUGGUCACGUACCGCGAGACUGCCCUGCUCUUCCAGCCCAACAUCUCGUCGGCCAGCAGCCAGCAUCGCGUGGCCAGCGUGAUCGCCCACGAGCUGGCGCAUCAGUGGUUCGGCAAUCUCGUCACCAUGAAGUGGUGGACGGAUUUGUGGCUGAACGAGGGCUUCGCCACGUACAUCGCCAGCCUCGGCGUGGACCAUCUGCAUCCGGAGUGGAACUCCUUCGAGGAGGAGAGUCGCGACAACAUCCAGACAGUCUUCAUCUUCGACGCCCUCAAGUCUAGUCACCCCGUGUCUGUGCCCAUUGGCCAUCCUGGCGAAAUAUCGCAGAUCUUCGAUGCCAUCUCGUACAAGAAGGGCUCCACAAUUCUGCGCAUGAUGCACAAAUUCCUGGGCGAUGAGGCUUUCCGCAAUGGCGUGCGUCACUAUCUCAAGAAGCACAAGUACAACAACGCAGAGCAGGACGAUCUCUGGGACAGUCUGACCUACGAGGCGCACAAGAUCAAGGCCCUGCCAGAGGAGUUCAGCGUGAAGAAGAUCAUGGACUCGUGGACCCUCCAGACGGGCUUCCCCGUCAUCACCGUUGAUCGGGACUAUGAGAAGGGCGUGGCGAAGAUCACGCAGGUGCGCUACUUGCUGGACGCGAAGCGCGAGAAGGAGUUCCUGGAGACUUGCUGGUGGGUGCCGCUGAGCUACACCACGAAGAAGGAGAUGGACUUCAAUGCCACAGAAGCGAGACACUGGCUCAAGUGUGAGGACGACUACAAGCCCCUGCCCAAGGUGAUCAAGGAGAUGCCGCCGCCAGAGUACUGGGUCAUCUUCAACGUUCAGCUCUCCGGGCUGUACAAGGUGAAGUACGACAAGAAGAACUGGGAUCUGCUCAUUGAUCAUCUCACCAGUGAGAAGUUCACAGACAUUCACACCCUCAAUCGUGCUCAGUUGAUCGAUGACGCCCUGGAUCUGGCCUGGAGUGGCGAUCAGGAGUACUCCAUUGCUCUGCGCAUUGUGGAAUAUCUGAAGCAGGAGCGUGAGUAUAUCCCAUGGAAGACUGCCCUGGAGAACUUGGCGGCGGUGAAUCGCAUGCUGAAGCGCACGCCACAGUAUGGCUUCUUCAAGAUGUACAUGCGGAAGGUGCUGACGCCCAUGUACAAGCUCAUGGGUGGCAUUAUGAGUGACAAGAAGGCGUCCGAUCGUCUGGACGCGGUCAAGCACAAGAUCCUCAUCACCAGCUGGGCUUGUCGCUUCGACGUGGCCGAUUGUCGUGAAGAAUCUGUGAUGCUCUUCAAGAAGUGGAUGCACGAAGAGGAGCCCGACUUCAAGAAUCACAUCCCCAUCGACAUGCGUCCAGUUGUCUACUGCAAUGCCAUUCGCAUGGGCACGGAGCAGGAGUGGAACUUCCUCUGGGAGCGAUAUCUCAAGAGCAACGUGGGCACGGAGAAGAACAUGAUCCUCAGCUCUCUGGCGUGCAGUCGCGAUGUGUGGAUUCUGUCGCGCUAUCUCGAGUGGUCGUGCCAGGAGGAGACUGGCGUGAGGAAGCAGGACAUGCCCGCCGUCUUCAGCAGCAUCGCCCACACCGAGGUCGGCUACCAUCUGGCCAAGGGAUACUUCUACGAGAACUUCGACAAGAUCUACGCCUAUCUGGGCUCGGACACAACGAGAUUGGAUCGAUUUGUCCGACCGCUGGCGAAGGAAAUGACCACCGAGAAGGAGUUGGCUGAACUGAGCAGCUUCGUGAAGGCGCACGCAAAGCAGCUGGACAAGGCGACGCAGGGCGUAAAGCAGGCGCUGGAAACUGUUGAGAUCAACACUCAGUGGCAGCACAAGAACUACAAGAGCAUCUCGCGUGUCCUGAAGGAAUUCACGGAGCUCGAGGUCAAGUAAAUUGAAUAAGAGGCCCAACAUUGUGGGCAGUCUUGUGAGGAAAGUGAAAAAAUACAUGGAAAUUUUGAGAA